CGCUUCUCCACAGUCUUCCAGCACAACCGAACCGGAGGGGUUGAAGAGGGAAAUAGAAACCAAGAACAGACAUUUCUGCUCUACGGGAGCUCCGUCCAAACUGAAACAGCCCAACGCACGUGACCAUGACAGAAGAAAACAUCUUCCUUUUCGUCCCAAAUUUGAUCGGAUAUGCCCGUAUUGUACUGGCUUUGGUAUCCUUCUACUUGAUGCCCUGCUGCCCGGGCCCAGCAGUGUGCUGUUACCUGCUGAGUGCCCUUUUGGAUGCCUUCGAUGGACAUGCUGCUCGUGCUCUUAAUCAAGGUACAAAGUUUGGCGCCAUGCUGGACAUGUUGACAGACCGUUGUGCGACCAUGUGUUUACUGGUGAACCUCGCACUGCUGUACCCAUCCUACACUUUCCUGUUCCAGCUCAGCAUGUGUCUGGACGUGGCCAGCCACUGGCUGCACCUGCACAGUUCCAUGAUGAGAGGAGCCACCAGUCACAAGACCAUUGACCUCUCUGGCAAUCCCAUUUUGCGGCUGUACUACACAUCCAGGCCAGUGCUGUUUUUUAUGUGUAUGGGGAAUGAGCUGUUCUACUGUCUACUGUAUGUAAUGUAUUACAUCGAGGAACCACAAGUGUGGCUGCAGUGGCUGCUUGGAAUUUGCGGUUUGGUGUGUCUGCUGAAGUCUGGCAUUAGUCUCCUCCAUCUCAUUUCUGCCUCCUGCAACAUGGCUGCCAUCGAUGUGGCCGACCGUAAGAGAGAGAGGAGCAAAGCACAGUGAGAUAGACAAGAGAGCAGAAACCAAGUAGGAAGAAGGGAGAAAGGCAGACCAAAAAGAGAGUGAAGGAAAUAAGAAGAGAGAAAAGUGUGGACAUCUGUGUGUUGACAUCUGUGUGUGCGAAAAUAAAAAGAAGUUGAAGGCCAGUGCAGAAGAGCUAAAGGAAAUCUAUCAUGGGACCUCACAAAGCUCACUGAGCAUUUAUAUUUAUUUGAAAAUAUAGAUUAUUAAUGCUACCUGGGCAAAUUCCUUUCAGGUUUUAUCCAUAUUUCUAUAGUUGUGCUAUUCAUUGCUGUUGAUGAAACUAGUUGCACUACUGUACAUUGUUUGUUUUUGUGUCAUAUUGAUUUUUAUUUUGUUGGUAUUUUUUUUUCUAUUUGUGAUAAUAGAAUAAUCAUGCAUCAUUUUAAGGGGAUUUAGAAUAGCUCUUGUUUUACACCAACAUUUCCACACCUGUACACACAUGCUGUUGACUUUCACGAAACCUGUCAAGAAAAUAUCUUGGUCUUAUUUUUUUU